AUGGGCUUCACCACAGGAUUUACCGGCGGCGUAACGCUCACGCUCUCGGUGGCCUAUCUCACGGUUCUCGCGCACCAGCGCAACCGCCAGCGGCAGUGCGACGUCCUGCGCGCCAACACGACCGUCCUGCGCGCGCUCGCGCUCGCCGACCCCAUUACGGCCGCGCGCCUCGCCACGCCCCAUGCCGCCGAGACGCCGGCCGAUCUCUCGGCAGCCGCCGCCGCACAAGAAUUCUACUACCCGUCCAAGGCGGACACGCCGCGGCAGCCACGGUCGUCGUUUGUCGAGGAGCUGAAGACGCGGUGGAACGCGGAGAUUGAAGGCGCCGUGCGCAAGGUGCAGACGACCGACUGGGUGGAAGUGCGCGAGAACGCCGAGGGCCGGCUGGGCCAGAUCUGGCGGCAGACGUUUGGCGGCGAGGAGGCCGCCGCCACGGCGGCCGCCGCGACAGCCGCGGUCAAGGAACGGGCGGUGGCCGUCACAGAAAGCGUCAAGGCCGAGGCCAAGGACAUCCAGGCCGCCGCCAUUGCGCAGGCCAACGAGGCGGCCGCGGUGGCCAAGAAGGCGGCCAGCCGCGCGGUCGACAAGGGCCGCGAGGUACUGGCCGCCGAGACGAGCAAGGCCCAGACGGCCGCGGCCCAGGCUGCGGGCCAGCUGUCGGAGGUGGAGCUGGCGCUGCAGCAGCGCUACACCGGCGCGGCCGAGGAUGUGCGAAUGAAGAAAAGCGUGGGCGAGCUGCUCGACGAGCGCUACAAGCAGACGGCAUGA